UGGGAGGUGGGGCCGGCGGGCGGGCGGGCGGCUGCAGCUGCCGCCGGCGUCUCGGGGGUUCCAGGCUGCGGGGUGGACGCAGCGCCGAGCGAUCCGCAGCGGAGCCGUGCGAGGCCGCCGGAGCCCCGGCCCCGAGCCCCGAGCCAGCGCCACUGUCGCCGCGCGCCAGCCGGACCCCGGACACGCCGCCGCCGCCGCCAGGAAGGCAGCCGGCGCCGAACAAGUUGCAAGCGCGCCUCUCCGCCCGGGGAAAGUUUCCCCCGCGGCCGCCGGCGGGAUUUGGCGUGGGGUCCCGCUGCGGCUGCUGGAAGUUCAUCCUGAAGCCAUCAGAGAGAGACCUCAAGAGGAUCCCGACCCUCCUGGAAGGAACAGACACCAAUUGGAAGAGGUGGGCAUCUCCUGGACAGCCCGAGCUUGCAGUGGCCGGGGCUUCUGACACCGUCAUCAGAGCAACUUGAAACCCUUGACUUUGGCGUCUAGACACGGGCCCAGUGCUUUUCCAGGCCUCCCAACACCUGCCACCCAGGACGAGCUGGGCCAAUAAAAGAACACACCAGAACCCCUCCGACCGGAGACUCUGACCUUCUGACGCCGAAAGACCUGCCCAGGUGACAAGUAGAACACCAUGGAAGGCGACUGUCUGAGCUGCAUGAAGUAUCUGAUGUUUGUUUUCAAUUUCUUCAUAUUUCUGGGUGGGGCCUGCCUGCUGGGCAUCGGCAUCUGGGUCAUGGUGGACCCCACCGGCUUCCGGGAGAUCGUGGCCGCCAACCCCCUGCUAAUCACGGGCGCCUACAUCCUCCUGGCCAUGGGGGGCCUGCUUUUUCUGCUCGGCUUCCUGGGCUGCUGCGGGGCCGUCCGCGAGAACAAAUGUCUGCUGCUGUUUUUCUUCCUGUUCAUCCUCAUCAUCUUCUUGGCGGAGCUCUCGGCGGCCAUCCUGGCCUUCAUCUUCAGGGAAAACCUCACCCGAGAGUUCUUCACCAAGGAGCUCACCAAGCACUACCAGGGCAACAACGACACAGACGUCUUCUCUGCCACCUGGAACUCCGUCAUGAUCACGUUUGGUUGCUGUGGGGUCAACGGGCCUGAAGAUUUCAGGUUCGCAUCGGUUUUCCGACUGCUGACUUUGGACAGUGCCGAGGUCCCGGAGGCCUGCUGCCGGAGAGAGCCCCAGACUCAGGACGGGGUCCUGCUGAGCAGGGAGGAGUGCCUUCUGGGAAGAGACCUGUUCCUGAACAAGCAGGGCUGUUACACCGUGAUCCUCAACACCUUUGAAACCUACGUCUACCUGGCUGGAGCCCUCGCCAUAGGGGUGCUGGCCAUAGAGCUUCUCGCCAUGAUCUUUGCCAUGUGUCUCUUCCGGGGCAUCCAGUAGAGGGCGUGACCUGGAGCCUGAAGCCUCACCCGCCACCACUGCCCGGCACCCAACACCCUCCCCUCCCCGGUGUCCUUGCCCUCUUGCCCCCAGGGGAGGAGGUGAAGCCAUCCUGAGUGGCCAGAGGAAGGGGCAGAGGAAAAUAGCUAUUUUUUUAACAAAACAAAAUGAAGACAAGAAAAUGGAUUGACGUACCCCGCCUGGACUCCGGGCUCUCUGCGAGGGCCCCGGCGCUUGAACCCAGGGAGCACUCUGGACUAGAGACCAAAGGAACCCCAAGCCCAGGUUCCCUCCUCAGCCCCGCCAGCCCCUAGCAGCCCCGGGCCUGGGCCUCCUCCUCAGCUCCAGGUGCCAAGAACAGGAGGAUCGAGGCAACAAGGAGGCAAGAGCGACUCUCAGAUCGACAAAGCCCGGGGGCCCCCUGGGAGACUCGGGCACCGUGUCCCCGAGGACUUGGAACCUACACUGAAGCCCUGGUCUUCUGAGGAUGGAGUUGCCCCUGCCUCGGGCUGGGGCCAAGAGUGGGCUGCAGACACUGGAUCUGAGAAUGGCCUGGCUGGCUGGCAGGGUCCUCGCUUCCCCCAUCCGUUGGAUCAAAUAAUCCGGAAAGCCCAGAGAGGGGCAGUUUGUCAUUCGUGGUCACACAGCACGUGCGUGACAAUUGCGAACUGGAACCCACUCGUCCCUAGGCUGCCUCUCACCGCUUCCAGGGCUCUGUCAGUCUCAGCGUCCUGGUUUCCCGAGAGAGAGAGCAGGCUGGUCAGGAACUUCCCAGGCCCACAGCUGAGAAAAUUACGGACUAUUGCCCCUGCUCUCCUCCCACCCCACCCCCCAUACUUCUUUCUAAGCCUGCAGGGACACACACACACACACACACACACACACACACACACAAACACACACUACCGUCCCUUUGCCACACUGCCCACCUCUGCCCACAAGCCUAACCCCUUCCCUGUUCACCAACUCUGUGGCUCCCCGGCUGGAAGGAACCCCCAGGAUCAUCUGGUUCUCCUCUCCCCACCCAGAACUGAGGCUUGGACGUCUUCCACAAGCUCUCUGCCAAGACUUUGCCACCGUCUUCUUGCAUACCUCCAAGGACGGGGAGCUUACUACCUCCCAAGACAGCCUUCUGCCUUUGGACUGCUCUGCCUUUUUAGCAUCAGCUCACUGCACAUUAGGGUUCUCUGUUUCUCUUUGGUUGCAUCCAUGGCAUCCCACGUUCUCUUUCUCCUUCCCAAAGUAUUAAGGCCACACAUCGUCUUCCCCCAGAUGCGUUUUCUGCAGGCUACAGAGCUCCAAGACAUCUCGUUCCAGCUGUGACAUGCUUUCCUGUCCCUUCACUGUCCGUAGCACAUUUCUGUGUGUUUCUUCCAGGCUUGGGCAGGGAGAGGUUGUCCCCUAGACUCACUCACGCCUACACAGCGCCCACCGAUCAGUUCCUCACAUACAGGCCUUACAUCCUAGACCGGUGUCGGCGACCGUAUUACAAGAUCCCUCGACCCCAGUGAAUCAGGAGUGACCGCCGGAGGCUGGUCAGAGGAUCUGAGGUUUGGCCUGGGGUCCGAGGGAAAGGACAACGUAAUCCUAGUGGGUGUCUGCCCGACAACUUACGCUUGAUUAGUGAUGUCUGCCGCGGGCUUGGCAAGGGGAGGAGCGGCGUGGCGCCUGACCUCCUCUCCACGACCCUCUUCAGGGUCUGGGAAGGGCCUGUUCUGACUCCCAGGCCCUGCGUCAGCUUCCAGCCUCCCUUCCAGCUUUCCAGCCAGUGGGAGAGACACAGCUGUGGCCUGGAGCCCUGUGCUUCUCUGCUCUGCCACCUGCCUCCUUCAGAGAUGCAGCCCCAGUUCUGUGCCUGCUGUAAAGAUUGGCUUUGACCCUCCUCUUGUCUCUCCCCUUCCCCCUCCCAUCCUCCUGCUGUCCCCUCUAGUCCCAGGUCCCCCUCGUGGUCUCCAAGCUGGGGCUUGCCAUAGAGUCCCUGUAGCAGCCUGUCCUGGCAAUUCCACACAUGAUGCCGUGGACUCCCUAGCGAUGGGCGUCCCCGGGACCCUGCAGCUGGAACCCCAACCCAGCCCGAGAGGGGCCUUGGGCAUGCCCCUCUCCAGCCCCGCCCACCCACGUGCUUGGCUCCAGCAGAGGCAAAUGGCCUGUCUAAGGUUGACAAAAGGAGCUGGCUGGGCAACUGUGUGGCUCUAGGCCAGGGGCAUCCCAGACUUCCGGGCCCCAUCUGGUCCGCAGCACCCAGGAGAAUCCGGGGCCUUCAAGGUAAGGAGGGCCUGGCAUCUAUAUGGCACUCACCCCCCUCCUCCUGUCCAGUCCAUCCCCUCAGGGGGAGGAAGGGUGGGUCCUGGAGGAACAUCUGGCUGAGGCAGGUUCAAGGGUGGAUAUGAGACUCAUCCCUAACGGCUUUCCAGAAGGGGGCCAAGGAGCCCCUUAUCUGGCUACUGCCCACACUGGGGCCGGAAAGAGAAAGCAGGCAGUCCGUAGCAUUGACCCAGGCUGGUCGUUAUUUGCAAGGCUGUCUGCAGCCAUUCUGAAGCAUGAAAAGGCAAGGUCCGUGCCAGUCUGGCUCGACCGAGCCUUCCCCAGGCACUGAGGUCUAACUGGGCUGGUCCACGUACGGCCGAUAAACAACCCUACCCUGUUGGUCACACACACCCCAGACUAAAAGCCACCUUCCGGCUCCGAAGCUGCCGCCUCUUAGAAAAGGGAACCCAUCUGAGGGGUUACGAAGCUCUCGUCCCUCCUUUCCACACCUAAGGGACCCGGCCAGGAUACCCCGAACCAGCUGAGGCCCCGGCACCCCCAUCUCCCAGAAGCCCCCUCUUCCCUUUCCCCAUGGGUCCCGUGUCGAAAGUCUAUUUUGAAACCUGUAAAUGUUCCUUCCAGUAGAUAGCAGAGCUAAUUUAUCAUGUUUAUUUCCUGUGAACCCCCCCUUUUAUAUUCUAUAUCAAGAGGAGUUUUUGUAAUAUAAAACAGGACGCCCACACUGAUGGUUUUGCACUGGUUUUUGUGACUGUUUCUUACAAAAAGAAAAAGGAACGAAGAAUAAAUAGUGGCUGUGAA